UGCGUGCUUGACCGCAGGAUCUUUAAAAGUACAGCCCUCGUGUUGGUGUGGCAGACAGAAAUAGAAUAGUUUCAUGUCUGUUUGGACUGCAGCCCAGCGCAAAAACUAUGCCGUGCUACUUCACUGACGCGGAGUUGCAAAGGAAAGGGGAAAAUCCUCAGGUCAUUGUAGACUGAGCUGACUUCGGUGGGGUACAGAAGUCGGUUGUGAAGUGCUCCGCAAGCCGGGUGCACUUUGAGGCGCACUCUGUCAUUCUGGGUGCCAUGCUGAGGCGUCAGAAGGCUGGAGAGGAUGGCGUUGGCCCCAAACAGCAGGCACAUUAAGUCUCUUUUAUCACCGCCUGAAAGGCUCCACACCCUGCAGGUGGACUCGGUGCAGCGCUGGAUGGAGGACCUCCGUCACAUGACCGAGGUGGAGUGCAUGUGUAUCCUGCAGUCCAAGCCCAUCAGCGUGGAGGAGGAGGCGGGGGCAGGCGAGCUCAUCGUGGGCGGGGAGCGGGCAGCGUGCGACGGCCUGCAGACGCUGCUCCGGCGGGCAUUCGCCGUCAGCGCCGAGCUGGGCAAGGUCUUCCAUCGGCUGGAGAAGGGCCGCUGGUCCCGCAUGCACAGCACGGCCGUCAGGGUGCACAGCCAUAUGCGCUCGCUGGUGCACGAAUAUUCCUCCGUCCGUGGCUCCCCGGCGGAGAUGCAGAAGUAUGAGAAGUCCCUGCUGGAUAAGUGCCUGGAGCUCACCACCAUCACCGAGAGGUGUGUGCACGCUGAAGAUGAGUUCCUCUUGAGGUCAAUGAAAGAAGCCACCCAGGAAAUACUGACGGACAUCAGCGACUCAUUCAGCCAGAUGAUUGACAUGGCCUUGGCCAAUGAGAUCCAGAUUCUGAUCCGUCAAAUUGAGACGUCAGACAACGUCUACACCAUAGGGGGCGCCAUCAGUAGCCUCCUCUCCCUGACGCAGGACGGGCCGCAGCUGUGCAGCAUCAUUGCCAAGGAGGGGGCAGUGGUGGCCCUUUUCAAGAUCUGCCGACAGGACUGCUUCAGCUGCCUGUAUGCCCACGCCCUCAGGACCGUGGCCUCCAUCUGCUGUGUGGAGGAGGGUAUCAACCAGCUGGAGAAGGUGGACGGGAUCCUGUGUCUGGCAGACAUUCUGACAGAUGAGUGUAAUGCGGAGGCGGCCCGGGCGGAGGCUGCCGCUGUGGUGGCCCAGAUCACUUCCCCCCACCAUACCUUCACCCAGCACCUGGGAAGCUUUCUGGAGAACAUGCAGGACAUCGUGACCGCCCUCAUCAAGCUGUGUCAUGACGCCUCUUCCGGGGAGGCCUUCCUGCUGGCCUCCGCCGCUCUGGCCAACAUCACCUUCUUCGACACCAUGGCCUGCGAGAUUCUCUUGCAGCUCGGUGCCAUCCACAUCCUGUUCGGGGCGUGCAGAGAUCGCCACCGUGUCGACACGCCUUACUCCAAAGACCAGGUUGUGACAAUACUGGCAAACCUCUCUGUUCUGGAGCAGUCAGCCUCUGAGGUUCUUCAGGAAAAUGGUAUUGAGCGACUGCUGCUACUGCUGGCUGAAAAGCCAUCCUCCUCCAGUCCAUCAGAGGGCGCCGCUUGCGAGAGGGUGCAGCAGAAGGCGGCCGUCACGCUGGCCCGUCUGAGCCGGGACCCUGAGGUUGCGCAGACGGCCAUCCAGCUGCAGGCCAUCCCUCGUCUCAUCGAACUGUGCCGCUCGCCAGCUGAAAGGAACAGCAGCGAUUCCGUGCUGGUGGCCUGCUUGGCAGCCCUGCGCAGGUUGGCGGCCGUGUGCCCAGACAGCAUCGAGGACACCGACCACCAGCAGCUGAUCAAGCCCCGACUCGUGGACUCAUUUUUGCUCUGCUCCAACAUGGAGGAGAGCUUCGUGUAGGAGUGGGGAUUUGGAGAGGGUUUGUAUGUAAAAGAAUAAUAAUAAUAUAAAGUAUAUACGCCAAUGAUAUUUUUGCCAACAAAGAGGCAUGAAUUGGACUUUCACCACAGCAUUUGCAGAAU